AUGUUGGCCGUCCGAAGUCCCAUGGAUGCUUUGCCACGUUCCGCCUCGUUGGGCCCGGAGCGGGAUAGUCUUAUGCGACACCCCUCCGCUGAGGACCUCGACGCUGCUCAUCAACUCGUUUCCUCUGCCCGGGGUGAACGUCACGGAUCUCAACCACAAGUGUCCGUUUACGAGGGACAUGUAAGCGAUGCCGCCACCACGGAAAGUAGCCACCCUAGUCAGCCGAGCCCAAGACCUGAGGCUACCGAUACGCCGCGGGUGUCGCAUGAGCAAGUGGAACAUCAAGAGGAUAGCAUCGUGCUCGGCCAAGUGUGCAGCAAUUGCGGCACCACCAAGACACCGCUGUGGCGGCGAUCACCAACAGGCACUACAAUAUGCAACGCGUGUGGUUUAUAUCUGAAAACUCGAAACACACCAAGACCGACCACAUUCAAACGGCCAGCUUCCGCUACUCCUGGAGAGAGUCCACGUCAGCGUGCUACGACUUCCCCAGUGGCAGCAACUUCCCCAUCAUCGACGUCAAAUCAACCUGCCAGUAUACCGUACAGAGUACCCGAACAUACCCCGGGUUCUUGCCCUGGUGGAGGCAACUGCAACGGAGCUGGUGGCGCCGAGGGUUGUUCAGGAUGUCCAGCGUACAACAAUAGAGUCGCACGGUCUACAAACCCUGCAGCGGUCGCGGCGACGAGCGUCCCUCGACCACCGAGUGAAGAAGCCGCCCCAUCUACUUCGGCUGUUCCACCCCAAUCCCAAUUCCAACACAUCAACGUCGACCCCCCAUCUCAGCCUUCGCCUGGCAAUACAUUAGUGGUCGCAUGCAAGAACUGUGGCACCACGGUCACGCCUUUGUGGCGCCGUGACGAGCAAGGCCAUCCUAUCUGUAAUGCAUGUGGUCUGUACCACAAGUUACACGGUGCACAUCGACCCGUGCAGAUGAAAAAGUCCACCAUCAAGAGGAGGAAACGAGUGGUCCCGGCAUACCCCGACGUCCAGCGGCCGGACGCAGCUUCAUCCCAGAAGACGGUCUCUAUCUCUCCCGAACCCGUCUCACCCGAACAAGUCGCCUACCCAGAAUCCGCCGACGCCUCACCUGCACCCAAGAGGAGGAGACCGCCUCCUACUGUCGACUACACCGGCUACGUACCCGAGACGGCGGUGAACAGCAACACGCAACAAAGCACUCCACGGCCACCGGAGGAGUACAGACUUCAGACACAGUUAGCUGCCGCGGCGGCGGCGACGACGACGGAAAGCAUGCACCUCGACCCUGCGUUGACCGACACCAACGGUCGCCGGAAUCAAGAACAGGAAGUCGGCGCUAAUUCCGAGAGGGACCAAGAGCUCCUACGAGCAGAGCGACGGGCGCAAUUGAUGCGUGAGGCCGAGGUUAUGAGGGCAGCAUUACGCGCCAAGGAACGAGAAAUUGACGAUCUUACGUGA